CUGCGCCGUCGCUGGCGUCGGUGCCAUGGAGACUCGCGGAGGCGCUUGGGUGGUGAUGGCGGGCUGGUGUGUCUUCUCCUCGGGAGCUGUGACUGCUUUCCUCCUGUGGGUCCUUCUUCGAGUCUCUCAGGCCCAGGGCUACUUCUUGCCUUUCCGGCAGCCGGAAACGUGCGACCACAACCAGUACUUCGAUAUCUCGGCGCUCACCUGUGUCCAGUGCGGGGACAACCAGAAGCAGGAUGCCCAAGGAACUUCAUGUGUGUGUCUACCAGGAUUUCAGAUGAUCUCUAGUAAUGGAGGACCUGACAUUAUUUGUAAAAAGUGCCCAGACAAUCUGAAGGGUGUUACUGAAGAUGGUUGGGACUGCAUUUCUUGCCCUAGUGGCUUAACUGCAGAAGGAAAAUGCCACUGUCCCACUGGCCAUAUUUUAGUGGAAAGAAAUGUUAAUGGAACAUUGUUGCCUCAAGCAAAUUGUGAGCUUUGUGAUGAUACUGAAAACUCUUUUACAAAAGCAAAUGCUUUAGAAAACAGGUGUAUCCGAUGUGAACCAACAUUCAUUAAUGCCAGCAGGUCCUGUGCAUGUUCAGAACCUAACAUUUUAACAGGAGGAUUAUGUAUCAGUAACAAAGGGAGUUUUCCUUCACAUUUACUUUCAACUGCACGUCUUGGAGAGCUUGGUAUGUCUUCAGCUUCAGAAUGGUUUGCAAAGUAUUUGCAGUCAACAGCAAUUGCAUGUUGGAUGUAUGCCAACCUAACGUCUUGCCAAGCUCUUGGAAAUAUGUGCGUGAUGAACAUGAAUUCUCUUGACACUGUCACAGUUGAUGCAUGUGGACUAUUUCAGUUAGUCUUUGAAAAGACUGCUGGACUGAGCACUGUUCAUUCUAUUUCAUUUUGGAGACAGAAUCUUCCAUGGCUAUUUUAUGGAGAACAGGCUGGAUUGGCACCUCAAAUACUCAGUACUGCUCCUCUUCCAGCAAAUUUUAGUUUUACAGGACAAAACCAGCAGAAUACAAAACUGAAGUUUGUUGCUGCUUCCUAUGAUAUAAGAGGAUAUUUUCUCAAGUGGCAAACUUUAGAAGGAGGUGUUUUACAGCUUUGUCCAGACACUGAGACAAGACUAAAUGCUGCUUAUUCUUUUGGAACAACCUAUCAACAAAGUUGUGAGAUUUCUAUCUCUAAAAUAUUAGCUGACUUUCCUACUCCUGUAUUUUAUGAUGUUUAUCUUGAAUAUACUGAUAAAAAUCAACACCAAAAUAUUUGGGCUGUGCCUGUAUUAAACCUAAAUCUUCAACACAAUAAACUGUUUGUGAACCAAGACAGUGACCCUAGCAAGUGGAUUCUGACUCGGCGCAUUUUCUUAGUAGAUGCAAUAAGUGGACGAGAAAAUGACUUAGGAAGUCAGCCAAGAGUAAUUAGAAUUGCUACCCAAAUAUCACUGAGCAUCAGCCUUGUGCCAAACACAAAAAAUGGAAACAUAUAUCCUCCCUUAAUCACUAUUGCCUACAAUGAUAUUGAUAUCAAAGACCCCAAGAGCCAGUCUGUUAAGGUUUCUUUCUCAGUCAAAUAUGAAAUGAAUCAAGGGGAAGCAUUUGUCCAGACAAAUAUUGCUUUGGGUGUUUUGGGUGGACUAGCCAUUUUAUCAUCUCUCUUGAAGACAGCAGGGUGGAAGAGACGCAUUGGAAGUCCCAUGAUUGAUUUACAGACAGUUAUGAAAUUCUUGUUGUACUAUGCUGGUGAUCUGGCCAAUGUUUUUUUUAUCAUCACAGUGGGAACUGGUCUUUACUGGAUUAUUUUCUUCAAAGCACAGAAGUCUGUCUCUGUUUUGCUACCAAUGCCAGUUCAGGAAGAACGUUUUGUUACUUAUGUAGGAUGUGCUUUUGCCCUAAAGGCUCUGCAAUUUUUGCAUAAGAUCAUAUCCCAGAUUACCAUAGAUAUAUUCUUUAUUGAUUGGGAGCGACCGAAAGGAAAGGUUCUUAAAGCCAUUGAAGGUGAGGGUGGUGUACGGAGUGCCACUGUUCCUGUAAGCAUAUGGAGGACAUAUUUUGUAGCAAAUGAAUGGAAUGAGAUUCAGACUGUAAGAAAAAUCAAUCCACUUUUUCAAGUACUUACUGUGCUCUUCUUUUUGGAGGUUGUGGGAUUCAAGAACUUAGCAUUAAUGGACUCAUCCUCUAGUCUUUCUAGAAACCCAUCUAGCUACAUAGCUCCUUAUAGCCGCAUCCUGAGAUAUGCAGUGACUACUGCUCUUUGGCUAGUCAUUGGAAUUAUACAGAUUGUGUUCUUUGCUGCUUUUUAUGAGAGAUUUGUGGAGGAUAAAAUUCGACAAUUUGUUGAUUUAUGCUCUAUGAGUAAUAUAUCGGUGUUUCUGUUAUCCCACAAAUGUUUUGGAUAUUACAUUCAUGGUAGAUCAGUUCAUGGGCAUGCAGAUACUAAUAUGGAAGAAAUGAAUAUGAAUCUUAAAAGAGAAGCGGAAAAUUUGUGUAGCCAGAGAGGUUUGGUGCCCAACACAGAUAAUCAGACUUUUCAGAUUGCAGUUUCUGGCCAGAUGAGACAACACUAUGACAGAAUUCAUGAGACUUUGACAAGGAAAAAUGGCCCUGCUAGACUAUUGAGUUCAUCAGCAAGUACUUUUGAGCAGAGUAUAAAAGCAUAUCAUGCGAUGAAUAAAUUUCUUGGCUCUUUCAUUGAUCAUGUUCAUAAGGAAAUGGAUUACUUCAUAAAAGACAAGUUGCUUCUUGAAAGAGUUCUUGGAAUGGAAUUCAUGGAGCCAAUGGAAAAAAGCAUCUUUUACAGUGAUGAAAGUUAUUCCUUCAGCAGUAUGCUAUAUUAUGGAAAUGAAGCCACUCUUCUUAUUUUUGAUCUGUUGUUCUUCUGUGUUGUGGAUUUGGCUUGCCAAAAUUUCAUUUUAGCAGCCUUCCUUACAUACCUACAACAAGAGAUUUUUAGAUUUAUUCGUAAUACAGUAGGACAGAAGAAUUUGGCAACCAAAACAUUGGUGGAUCAAAGAUUUCUGAUUUAACUUAUUGAUCAUAUAAGGACUCAAUAUAAUCAUGGCAAAGAAGUCAUGAUAUCAGGUUAGUCUGGCAUAUUUUUUAAAAUCUAUAUUACAUAUUAUUCUGGUUUUAAUUAUUUUUUAUCUAUAGAUUUAUUUUUAUAACUUGUCUAUGAUCAAUAUAAUGGAAAGUAUUAUUUCCCAUUAUGUGUGGUAUUUAAUUCACUAAAUAACACUGAAAGGCUAAAAAUCUAAAUGUUGCUUUCAGAAAAACAAUUCUUAACAGUAAUCAAAAUAAUUCAUAUCAUUUGUACUAAAGAUCAUUUUAUAAAUUGCUUUACCUACAUUUUCUUACAUUGACAAAAUUAUUUGACUCCAAGUUCAAGACUAAUUUUCAGUUUAAUAUUUAUGUUUUAUUUGCACUUAUGGUUAAAUAAAUGUUGAAAGAUAUUUUCAAGUUCAUUUAGAAAUUGCAAAUUGUAUUAUUUUUGAUUCACUUUGCCUCAUUCUAAUUGUUCACCUAUGCCUGUGUACAAUACUCUUUUCAUGAAUUGUGUUGAUAUCUCUAAUGUGGUUUACAUUUAUUGUUAUAAUAUCUGGCAUAUUUCCCAAUAUGUUUUUUAUACAUUUUCAAUUAGUUUUUAAGAAUACUUCUGCAUUUUGUCUUUUUAAUUUUGUUAAAGAUAAUAAAUAACAGACUGUAAGUUGAUCAUAUUAUGUUGCCAAAGAGAUUUAUUAAAAGCAAAUUUAUGCUUCAUAAGUCAGUAAACUUUUAAGAAGAAAAAAUAAACUAGGAUUCAAAAUAUAAAUAAAAUAAGUUCUGAAACAUAUAGCUGAUAAUUUUCCAUAUUUUCCCUCAACAUACCCUUUAAUAAUUCUUCUCAUGGUAUACCCAUGUACUUGAAAGGUCUUCAUGGUCAAGUAUAAUAGUCAUUAACCCCUAAACCAACAUUUUUUACUGCUAACUAUGAUGCUAUGUAAAUAUGUAAAUAUAAUUCUAUGUAAAUAUUAUUAAUGUUUCUGAAUUGAAAUAUGUAAUAAAACAUUUUGUGUUA